AGAUACUCGUCAUUUACAUUGUCGUCAUGAAUGUUUCCGUCAUCACGGCGUUCUGCAUGUUCGUCGCGUUCGCUACAGCAUCCUCUAUUCCGACUGGGGAUAUCGUUGUCAAUCCAGGGGAUAUGCACCUGAUCGAGAGCGGCGACCUUGCUGGUAGAGAUAUCAAUCCUGGCUGUCAGAACUGCUGCGGAAAAAGAGGUUGUGUCUGCUGUUAGUCAUCUGUUAUCGCGUAUACUACCCUGACGGAUGAUAGCAUUGAU